AUGCGCAUGAGUGCGUCUGAUGGAGCGUGUGUGUCCGCGCUGCCGGACUAGCUCCUACGACAAGCCGUCUCUGAAGCUACUGGUGAAUGUCUGUGGCCAUCAUAUCUGCGAGUCGUGUGUGGAUGUGGUGUUCGCGCGACCGACCGCACCCUGCCCAGAGUGCGGCGUGGCCCUGCGCAGAAGUCUGUACAGAGCCCAGCAAUUCGAGGACCCGAUGGUAGAGCGAGAGGUGGACAUUCGUAAGAAAGUCUUGCAAGACUACAACCAGCUGGAAGGGGAUUUCCCCAGCCUCCAGGCCUACAACGACUAUUUGGAAGAGGUUGAGUCAAUUGUGUACAACUUGUGCAACGGAGUGGAUGUGGAGGUUACGAGGGAGAAGAUGGAGCAGUACCGGAGAGACCACCAGACAUUCAUCAUGAAGAACAGGGAGAAGAGGCGGCAGCUGGAGAGACUGACACAGCAAGAGGUGAGGGAAGAGCAGCAGCUACAGGAGCUGCGGAACCGACAGGCCCUUGCCUCUGCCAAGGGAGAGGCCAGGGAGAAGAAGAGAGACAUGCAGAGCGUCAUACAUGAGUUGGUGAGGUCUCUAAAGGUGGCUGUGUUGUUGUGGGUAGUGUGUGUAUUGUCAGAUGGUGUCAGAGAGACCAGCGGAGGAGGUGGUGGCCAGCCACGCAGCUGCUGCAGCUCAGUCUGAGGCAGAGCCAACCACCAAGCACAUUACCUUCCCUACCUUCCAGAGGAGCAUGGGUACAGCAGUGUUUGACAUGGUUCCAAGCACAAAGGAGAGGGAGAACUAUACCUACCAGCCUCCCAGUCAGAAUCUGCUGGGGCCUGGAGUCCCUGAUCUCGAAGAACUAGGGGACUAUGGGUACUUGACACAUGUGAGAGAGGUGGAGAUACCACAUGUGGGUAGUGGGUACAUGGCUGCCUAUGGCUGUCACAGAGCCCUGCAGGAAGCCUUCUCUGGACUCUUCUUCAGCACCCAGGACCAGAGGAAUGACUCUCAAAUUUCAUGUGUUUCCCCAGAUGUUGUAUGAUGCACACGCAGAUCAAUUUCUUUAUGCCACAUUCGUAACAGUGAGCAUAAGACUUAGACCAGUGACACUAGUAUUGUAUGUAGUCGACUGGAAGAGAGAAAGGAAAGAGUUUGGUCAUGUGAUUGUCACAUGAUCUGAGUUAGGUCUCAGUAUUUGAUAAGUUUAGCUGGUGAACGAGCAGCCUUCACUAGUGAUCCCUUUCCCAGCUGGUCCCGAGCCUGCCUGUGUAGAGGCGAUUGUCUGACACAAUUAGAGAGACCAGAGAGAGUGUGAACUGACCUGGUGCCCUUGUCAGCUUUGA